CGUGGGUUAUCGUAGUAAUCAGCGAGAUCAGAUGUGGGUUGUGUACUGCGAAAAUGGAGGGAAGUAAAGAUUUUUGUGGUAGCAGUUUGGAUGAUAACGUUGCAAAUCAAACAUAUGCCUCUACACCUUCAUCUUCGACCUCAGGAUGUGUUUCUGGGGAUGACACAUCGGAAGGAAAAGCUGUCAUUCCUGCUAGCUUAGUUACUGCAGAAAAUUACUUAACCAUUUCAGAGGAGACCUUAGCACUUUUUUCGGUAGAUGAUUUAUCAAGAGCUGUAGAUCAGUGCAAAGAAAUGGUCCUGGAGAGUCCAGAAUGUUCAGAGGAACGCAAAUGGCUAGUUCGACGGCUCAUUGAAUUGAGGCUGAGGCUGCAGGAAGCAAGAGAAGAGGAGAAGGAUUGUUCUGCAUUAAACCACAAUGAAGUGAGAGUGGUACUUGGGCAUCACUUUGUACUACAGUCAGAGCCUUCACCAACAAGCAAACACCGUUGUGAUCGGUGCUUUGGAGUGAUUUGGAGUGUGGUGCAUUCAUGGUAUCAGUGUGUAGAUUGUAAGUAUAGCUGUCAUGUGAAGUGCCUUGUGCAGGUGUGCCGGGUGUGUGCUCAUGUUAAAGCAUCUGAAAAUCCGACAUAUAUUGCUGACAUUUGCCCUGAGCUGGGUUUAUCUGCACAGGCAUACAGAUGCGCAGAAUGCAAAGCUCAUAUCACUUUUACUUUCCCAAAAGGAUUGUCAUGUUUUGGACGGCCAUUUACAUCAGAGAACAGUUGUAUAGAACCGCGUCUUUGUGACUAUGAUGGGCGGUACUAUUGCCCCAUGUGCCAUUGGAAUUCAACAGCUGUUAUUCCUGCAAGAGUUGUGCAUAAUUGGGACUUCGAGAAGCGGAGAGUGUGUCGAGCAUCGAAACAGCUGCUUCGGCUCAUGGAAAAGCGACCUGUGUUGAAGCUGCAGCAGCUUAACCCCAAGCUGUUUGGCUUUGUAGAGGAACUUAGUCUCGUGAAGAAAAUACGAGAAAAUAUACUCAUAAUGAAGAAAUAUUUUGUGUCUUGCAAGAGUGCCAUUGAGAGUCGCUUCCUAUGGCAACUUCAAGAACGGCAGCACUUUCUGGAGAAUGUUGACUCGUUCAGUCUGCAGGAUCUCAUUGAUGUAAACUCUGGCGAACUCUUGCAGUAUUUAGAAAAAGUACAGGUUGCAUUCGUGAAGCACAUCAAAGAGGACUGCAAAUUGUGUUAUGGGAGAGGCUUUGUGUGUGAACUGUGUGAUGGUGAUGAAGUGAUUUUCCCUUUUGACUCAGUGGCAGCCAUUUGUCAACAGUGCUUUACAGUAUUUCAUCGAAAUUGUUGGACUAAGAAGAAUCAUCAAUGCCCAAAGUGCAUUCGUAUAGAGAAACGAGCGUCUUUACGUAGGGAUAGUACUUCAAGUGAAGAAAAUCUCUCAACCUAAAGUUGUAAUAUUGAUCUGAUGGCUGUGUGUAAGUAAGAGUGGAGGAUGAAGGUCAAGACACGUGUGUUCACUAUCACCGGUAUUUUCUGUACAACAAAGAAAUGGACAUUAAAUGAAAGACAAAUUAGAAAUGCUUAGAGAUUGAUAUUGUUGACCCUGAACCUGGUGUUUGAAAAUGUAUUUGUGCUCAACUCUUGCUUGGUCUGACUGCA